AAAUGGCAGCCUCCGUAAGUCCAUACGAGGAGUGGUUGGCACAGAAAUUGAUUUCAUUAAACCCAGAUGUGGAUGGAGAAGUGUUUGUAACAUACAUUUCCGGAAUCCUAGACACAGAUACGUCGAAUGAAGAGAAAAAGGAGAGCUUGGAGGGAAUAAUUGCAGAAGUAGUGAGUGAUGGUACUGAGGCUGUAUGUGAAGAGCUGAUUGAGAAAUGGGAAGAAAUUAAAGGCAAACAGAAUUCAGGGGCUGAAGAUAAAAUUAGUGUCGAAGACCAGCUCUCGAAGAUCUUGAGUACCCAGAAAUUGACUGUGACCAAAGGGAGAGAACUCACAGCAGAAGAGAAGGCAAGAAAGGCUGCUAUACUGGCACAAUACAGUCAGGUUUCAGAAGGAGCUGAUGACUCUGACUCGAGCGACGACCCAGGGGGAGCUGCAGGGGGUCCUGCCGGAGAUGCUGACCAACUGAUGUUCCGGAACACCAACAAGACAGACGUGGACAAAUCGGAGCGUGAUAAACGAGAUAAAGCGAAGAAGGAUUCGGAUGAGAAGCGUGAGAAGGACAAGCAGGACCGCGAGGCCCAGAAGGCUAAGGCCCAGGACAGGAAGGACACAGAGAAGAAGCGCACUCAGAAAGGGGAGCGGAGGCGGUAACGCUGGCUGGACUUAGGGAAUUCACUAUUUUUGUACACAUCUUUUGACUUGGAAACAGCAUUAUGAAUAUGAAAGAAAAGUUUCCAGAUUGCAGGAACAUUUGAGUAAGACAGACAUUGUUACCAUGAUAACAGACAAAUAUGAUUUACGUCAUGAAGCUGGAAAAAUCAGAUCCAUUUUGUUCUUGGGCAAUGACUUUUGAAGAGCCAGUGCAGUUGGGUAUCUAUAGUGAUCUACAUGUGCCGCCCUUGGCACAGAUUUGAUAUUGGACUGAGAGCCAGAAUGAGUUGAAUUCAUGCUGGAAAUCGUUGCCAUGGUUUUUGACAAACUGUUUCAUGAGAACCAAUAAGUACUGGUAUCACAUUUUGUGGCCUAAAACAGUCAUGAUUGGCAGUAUAGUUGAGAAGUAUUUUAUCUUUUUAGUGUGAUCAGUAUGAAGGAUUUUGACCAAGUUCAGACAACCUCAAUGGGACUGCCUCUUCACGUUUGCCAUAAAGAAGAGAGACUGAAUAUGCUAAAGAUAAAAUGUUUAGGCUCAUCUUCCCGAGGCAAAGGCGUUAGCUGACUUUAAAAGUCCAGUUUCCAUCCUUGCCAAACUAGGCUGGAAUUUCUGGGCUCGAUCGUUGCCCCACCAGUGGCGAUUAAAAGUUAUGUCCCUUCUAUGACCCUCCUAUUGACUAAUCAGAUUCCACCUUCAUAUCACUUGCACUUGCUCCAAACAAGAUGGCGGCACCCACUAUCUGACUGAUAAUCCAAAUCUGUAUAUUAAUAAAACGGGUCUUUCUUCACGAAGUGCAUCAAAUCACGUGAGCACAUUUAUUAGAAACAUGGAAAGAUUUGGAAUAUAUCUGUUGAUGCUGAGCGGGUGGUACACAUGCUUUGCAAAUCUUGCAGUCGACAAAAAUCUGCACUGGGCUUUUUCGAACCGGAUAUCGAUUUCGUUUGGACUAUGCAUAAACUCAUUAGACCAGCCAAAAUAUAACUUCAUAAGCCCAGCCUAGUUUAGUAAGGGUGGAAACUUGACUUUCAUAGUCAGUUAAUUCCCUUGCCUCAGGAAGAUUGUUUAAGCUGUGCAAAUGUCAGGUUUAUGUGAACAUGAAAAUCUAGUUAACUUUUGAUUGUUGGACAUCGCUGACACAUUAGUCUGUCCUCUGUCUCUUGCUUUCAAACAAAGGAAAGUAAAUUGUAGACACCAUUUGCUUAUUACUUUGGUAUAUUCUGGGGUAAAGAUUGCCCAACCAACCUGUGUUGUUCAUGUGAGGAGAUUAAUGGAUUGGGCUGUCAGACUUACUGACCUGGUAGAUAGUGUGUCAUCAUACCCCAUUGGUGUGGAAUGUUACUUAGCAUUUGAGAUCACAGGAUUGUCUGGUCCUGAUUUGAUUAUUUAUUGUCGGCUGUCAUUUAGCAGGAAUGUUGCUGAGUGCAGCAUGCAUGGAGUCAUGCAUGCACACACAUGCACACAUGAGCACACACGCACGCACGCACACGCACACAGCACUACCUUAUAACCAUGACAACAUGAGAUUAGAGUUUUUGCAUAAUUUGGAGGGAUGUGAGAAGAUGUGGUCAAAUUUGUAGCAAAACCAUACUUACAUACAGUGACACUCUGUUUGUCUGAUGGGGGCAAGGGUGGCCCAGUCGUCUAAGGCGCCGCGAUUCGCUGUGCAGAGUUGUGUCCCUUAGGCACGCUAGAAACCUAUGAUUGUGGGUUCGAAUCCCGGUUCGCCCCGUUUAUGUUUCUAGGUUUUUCAGCACCAUACCUGUGCUCGUGGGUUUCACCUAAGUGGUAAAUGUCUUAGACCUGCAUCACUUCGGGCUUUCCUCCCACAUUAAGCUGACACGCCGCGAUAUAACUGGAAUACUGUUAAAAGCGGCGUCUGACCCAUCAAUCCGAAACCUGCUUCUAUGAAAGGCGAAACCUGCAGAUAUACCAGGUGGUACUGUCAGGGUGUACAAGAUCAGUGUAUGCACACUUCUCUUUUUGUCACUUGGGCGGUCGGGUAGCCUAGUGGCUAAAGCGUACGCUCGUCAUGCCGAAGACCCAGGUUCGAUUCCCAACAUAGGUACAAUGUUUCAUACAUUACCAAUUACCGGGAUGUUGCUGGAAUAUUGCAAAAAGCGGCGUAAAACCAUACUCACUCACUCACUUUUUGUCACUUAGCCCAUAGGCUUACUGUACAUGACACUGUGCAAAGGCAGAACACCUGAUGGCAUGGCAGAUUAACUGAAGCAAUAUGAAAGAAUCAAAUGUUCCUUGAUCUCUUUGUAAAUGAAUUCCCAUCCCUCUUGGUAAAGGUUCAAACGAAUGAUGGUUAUCCAAUGAUUAUUAAAUUUGCAUUUUCAAUUUGAUUUUGAGAAUAACAUUUUCAAUUAUUGUACUUUUCUUUCAGUAGAAGUCAUUGAUUUCAAAAGUGUGGCUUGUUUCCCACAUGGACAUUUUAUGGAGGCAUUAAAUAUAUAUGGAUUGCGUCACAGGUUGUGGACACUGUCAGCACUCUGUCUCUUUAAGUACACUAAAAAGUCUCUUAAUAGUGUAUCAUUUUAGUCAGACCUUGAAAAACUGACAUAUGUGGAGAAUCUGUGAGUGAGAAAGCAUGUAUACAUUUAUUUAGUUUUGAGGAUGCGUUUGUUUUCUGUAAAUAUGUGUGACCUUUAUCACACAAAUGAAUUGUUUGAUAGGCAUUACUUCGACAGAUGACGGAUGACAAAGUAGACACAAUUUAAGGAUACCAACUUCUUUAAUACUGAAAAGGCGACGUUUCUGUAUAGAUCCUUAUACCGUUGUCAAGCUGACAGGAUAAGGAUCUAUACCGAUAAAAGUGAUAAAAGCAGACACAAUUUAUUGAUAACAACUUCUUUAAUACUGGCAGCUUGACAAUGGUAUAAGGAUCUAUACUGAAACGUCGUCUUGACAGUAUUAAAGAAGUUGUUAUCAAUAAAUUGUGUCUACUUUUAUCACUCAAGUUGCUUAAACUAUUGGGGAUAGACAUCAUGAGUUUAUUCAGCUAGUCAACAGCUCAUUUUGGAUUAGAUUUGGGAAGGUAAAGCCCUCCGGGUUAUCACUAGUCUUUGCAUUAGUGGCCAUGUCUAAAUGAUCUUAACCAGUGAAUGGAUACCAGCAACAGAAUUACAUCUACUUCAAUCUGUUUAUUUGUUAAAGUAGUCUUCUGUCGAAGAGUGUGUGAGUAUGGUUUUACACCGCUUGUUGCAAUUUUCCAGCAAUAUCACUGCAGGGGACACCAGCAAUGAGCUUUGCACAUUGUACCCAUGUUGGGAAUCGAACCCGGGCCUUCGUCAUGACCAGCGUAUGCUGCAGUGACAAUGGCCUGCAGAGAAUAGGAUUAUGAACAUGAAGGGUUUGUUGAUAUCAGAAGGUUUUCCCUUUUCACACCUUUGCAGGUUAUCUCCACUUUUAUGUUUUAAUUUAUUUCGGUCUAAUGAAAACUCUUGUUUUUUUAUUUUGUUCGUAACCGUAUUUCCCCGAUUAAACACUGGGGAACGAAGUAUCUGAACACAAUAAAAGCUGGGUAGUUAUUAUGCAUGGAAUUCUCUCAAUUAUUAUUGAUCAAUCCCAAAUAAUUUCAUAAGGCAUACCAUUUUGUAUUUGGACAACAAUAUGUGUACAUCACAUUGUUCCACUAAAUACACUAAACAGACCUUUCAAACUAUGGUACCGAAGAUGGGUCUGAGUAAAUCCUUAGUCGGAAAUUGAAAUGAUUAACUCUGGGCCUAGAUUAAACACCGGGCCUCCAUUAAACAUGAGCGGUAAAGAAUGUUUGAAAGAAGCAUAUGCCCAGACAUUUAAUCGAAGAAAUAGGGUAGUGGACAUUGUUGUUUUGCGUGCACCACACCGUGGAUACUGAUAGUAUGUGAUAAUAUGUCUCCUUGUGAAAAAGACGCAUGCGUGGUCUAUUGUUCUUUACCUUCUCCCAGCUGGAAGGGUAAGUUUACCAGCCCUCAUUUAUUGUGUAGAAUGUAAUGCAGGGGGUCUAUUUAAUGUAGGACUUUUUGAAAUAUUUUCCUGGAUUGUUUGUAGUAUGUGCAUAAAGAAUAUACAAAAAUA